UAUUCAUUUUCUAUUAUAAAGAUGGCGACUCGCAAGUGAUCGGUGUUAUUAUUAUGAGUUAAUUAAUUUAUAUUUAAUGUGGUACGUUUACGUAUUAUUUAAAAAUGACAGUUAUUUGGACUCCUGUUAGAGAAAAAGAUAGACUAGCAGUUGUUAUUCACAAAUAUGAACAGCCCGAAUCUGACCACCGACUGCAGCUGUCAAUAGGAGAGUGCGUCGAAAUCCACAGUGAACUUGGAGAAUGGUAUUAUGGAGUUUCGUUGAAAAAUCGUGGAGUCUAUGGAAUCUUUCCUCGGACCUUUGUACAUAUCAUAGAAAGUAUCGUCGAUAAAUCAGGACCAACCGAGGUAGUUGUACCUAAGCAACCUCAUAUCGUGCAUGAAUUAACCUCAGUACUGAGAGAAUGGGGUAUUUUGUGGAAGCAGCUAUACACUGCAAACAGCGAGCAUUUCAAAACUAUAGAAUGCAAAUUAUAUGAACUUAUAAACAUCAGAAGUAAAAUUAUGUCGGGUACUUUGCCAGUCGAUGAAUUGAAAGAGAUAAAAAGAGUUGCUUCCUCAAAAAUUGAUAUGGGAAACAAACUCUUGGGUCUAGACUUGGUUGUAAGAGACGAUCAUGGAAAUAUUUUGAAUGCAGAGUACACGUCAACCAUACAACUUUAUUGGCAUCAUGAGCACACAGCAGAAAGGAUACGUAGAGCUACAAGUGACGCAUCCAGUAAGAAAUCGUUACGACCUGCGAUACCGCAGUACUCCCAUGCAUUAUUUGUAUCAUUGAGACGAUUCAAUUGUAGGAUGACUGACGAUAUGGAACUUUUACUAAUGUUGUAUGACGCCAAAGAAGGUAAACCAUUCACGGAGAGCUUUGUCGUGCGAUGGAGUAAGGACGUACUUUCAAAGGACGUGGACAUGUUACCAAAUAAUUUGCGAGCUCUCUUUACGGAUUUGGGCGUCAGAGAUUUGAAACGGGAGAAGGUGUACUUAGUUUGCUAUGUAAUCCAUGUGGGUGGCAUGGAUAUUUGUAAGGACAGCGACCAGAAGCGGAGUGCCCGCGGCAGUGUGAACAAAGCCACGCUGUUCUCUAUGGUUGAGCCGGUGCGAAGGCCGUACGGCGUGGCUGCCCUCGACGUCACACUCUUCUUGGCCGGGCGGCUCGACACUGACGAAGACAAGAUACACUAUCUUCCAUUUUUGCAUUGUGAAAAAGAUGACAGCCUGGAAGGAACAUUGAAACGUGUGCUUUCUUUAAAAGAUUUCCCUCAAAAAGAAAACAAGAGCCAGAAUUUGACUGCUAGCUUCAAGCUAUUACAUGGUGAUAUGAAACAGGUUCGAGAGGAGAAUCCUCAUCUUGUUCUAGGACAAGUCGCAAUUGCUAGGAAGAUGGGAUUUCCCGAAGUUAUUCUACCUGGUGAUGUUCGUAAUGACCUCUAUUUAACUCUGUUGGGUGGCGAAUUUUCCAAGGGCAGUAAAUCUACUGAUAAAAAUGUUGAAGUCACUGUACGUGUUUACAAUGAGAAAGGAUCUGUGAUACAUAAUGUUAUUGUGCUGGGCGGCGGAGUCACUGCUCAGGAUUCAUAUCGAUCUAUUGUUUACUACCAUGAAGAUAAACCCAAGUGGUCUGAAACAUUCAAAAUUGCUAUACCGAUUGAAGAGUUCAAAACUUGUCACUUGAAGUUCACUUUCAAGCACCGAUCAUCGAAUGAAGCCAAAGAUAAGAAUGAAAGACCUUUCGCUAUGUCUUAUGUUAAAUUGAUGCAAGAGAAUGGAACAACUUUGAAAGAUACAACUCAUGAAAUACUUGUUUACAAGGUGGACCAUAAAAAAUACGAGCCAACAGAUCUUAGUUACUUGAAUCUACCGUCAACGAGAGCUGAACUAUGUGAAGGCAUCAAACCUUCAGUUCAAGGUCUAAGUCUAACGAACAAAGACUCAUUCCUGAUCCAUACGAAUGUUUGCUCGACAAAGCUCACCCAAAAUGUCGAUCUCCUGGGAUUAUUGAACUGGGCUAAUUAUAGUGACCGUCUAGCUGAUUGUCUACUUGCUCUAAUGAAAGUAGAUGGAGAAGAAAUAGUCAAAUUUCUACAAGAUGUGUUGGACGCUCUUUUCAACAUUCUCAUGCAGAAUCCCGACUCAGAUACGUUUGAUAACAUGGUUUUUGAUUGCUUGCUAUAUAUCAUAUCUUUAGUUUCUGAUCUGAAAUAUCAGCAUUUCCAGCCAGUUUUGGACCUGUAUAUCAAAGAAAGCUUCUGUGCAACGCUUGCAUACAGCAAAUUAAUGGUUGUUUUGAAGUGCCAUGUUGAUAAUGCAAAAACAUCCGACAAAGACGUGCUACUGAAAACUAUGAAAUGUCUCCAGUAUUGCAUCAGAUUCGUCGUCCGAUCAAGGUUACUCUUCAUUGAGUUGUACGAAGGCAAAGGCCAGCAGCAGUUUGAGCUGCAGCUGCAGCAGCUGCUGCAAAGCAUUGCCGCCAUGAUGUGCUAUGACACAGACUCCACUCUGGUCAUACAGGGAGCGUGUCUCAAGUACCUGCCAUCCACUAUCCCAGACAUCAUCACAGUCUUCAAUCCAAUACAACUCAGUUCUCUUUUGAUGGAUCUGGUUAAUAAUGUACCUUCCGGUCGCCUAACAAAGCAGAAGAUGAUGACAAUCAGUGACAUAGUGCACAGCAAGCUGUUUUUGGAUGCCGAAUGUCGAACAGUAAUGCUCCCAGUUAUAAUGGCACGAAUUCGAGAACUACUUGAAUUACAUGAUGAGUAUUCUCAAAGGCAGGUUGAACUGUGCGUGAAAAUUCUGAGUGAUAUAAUGGAUCUGUUAUUCAAACAAGAUCCUCUAACAACAACGCGUGACAUAUCUGAGAUAAUGUUGAGCAUGUUGAGGACUGUCAUUCAAACUACCAUCAAGAUGAACCGGGAAAGUCAUCUCAUUGGAAAUUUGGUGGCCGUGAUGAUCUCCAUAUUCCGACAGAUGACGACGUUUCACUUUGAACAAUACAUAGCUCACUUUCCCACCAGAACUGAUUUGCUGGAUUUCUUGAUGGAGAUUCUCCUCGUGUUCAAAGAUCUGGUCUCAGCUCCAGUUUAUCCGAACGAUUGGUGUGAAAUGAUCAUGCUUGAAAACAGUGUAAUUCUGAAGGCUCUUACUCUAUUUUCACACACCAUUCGCGAUGAGUUUUCCGUGAAUUUUGAAUAUCAGGCGUGGAACAUAUUUUUCGGAUGUGCGAUAGCAUUUCUCACGCAGCCUGCCCUUCAGCUCGAAUAUUUCAAUUCGAAUAAGCGAUGGCGUAUAAUUUCACGCUACAAAGAUAUGCGAAGAGAAACUGGAUUUGAAAUUCGUAGCAUGUGGUUCAAUUUAGGUCAACAUAAGAAGAAGUUUCUACCAUGCUUAGUUGGUCCAUUCCUCGAAAUGACAUUGAUACCAGAAAAUGAGCUCCGCAAAGCAACGAUACCCAUUUUCUUUGAUAUGAUGCAGUGUGAAUUUUACUCUCCAAAAGAUGGGAGCUUAGAACUUAGGAGAGACUCGAACAACAUAAAAGGAAAAUUUUCUGAGUUUGAAAAUGAGAUAAUUGCCAAACUUGAUAAUCUAGUCGAAGGUGGAAAAGGUGAUAACCAGUACAAAGAUAUGUUUUAUAAAAUUAUGAUGAGCUUUUGUGAGAGCCAUUCAUCGUUAAGAGAAAUUGGAACAAGAUUUGUUAAAAUGAUAAAACGACUGAUGGAACGUUUGUUGGAGUACCGCAAUGUGAUCACUGACGAGAACAAAGAAAAUAGAAUGAGCUGUACUGUCAGUCUGCUGGAUUUCUACAGCGAAAUCAAUAGGAAAGAGAUGUAUAUACGAUAUGUGAAUAAACUAUGUGAUCUUCACUUGGAGUGUGAUAACUUCACAGAAGCGGCGUACACGUUGCGCCUGCACAGCAAACUGCUGACGUGGUCGAACGAGGAGUUGCCUCCGCUACUGCGCUCCCCUCGCUACGCCUCGCUGCUCACGCACCGCCACCUCAAGGAUGCCCUCUACCGCGACAUGGUCAACUACUUCGACAAGGGCAAGAACUGGGAGUGUGCGCUCACCAUCUGCAAAGAGCUAGUCAAGCAGUACGAGGAGGAGAUAUUCGACUAUCAUCUCCUCAGCGAACUGUUGCGUCGUAUGUCCAGCUUCUAUGACAGCAUCAUGAAGCAACUACGGCCCGAACCAGAGUACUUCCGUGUCGGUUACUACGGUCGUGGAUUUCCUCCAUUUUUACAAAACAAAGUAUUCAUCUACCGCGGUAAAGAGUACGAACAUUCUAGUGAUUUCUCUGGUCGGACUCUGAACCAAUUUCCCAAUGCCGAGUUGAUGAACCGGUUGUCUUCUCCAGGCAAGGACAUAACUGAGUCACAAGGCCAGUAUAUUCAGAUCAACAAAGUUGAACCAGUCAUGGAUGACAAGAAGAAAAGACUUUCAGGCAGAUUGGUACACGAUCAGAUACUCCGUUAUUAUCGUGUAAAUGAUGUGCAGAAGUUUAGAUUCUCGAGGCCUUACCAUAAAAGGGAUUCAAGGGGAGAAGACAGCUCAGGAGUGGACUCGACGAAUGAGUUUGCCACUUUGUGGGUGGAGAGGACUGUUCUUGUGACAUCGUACCCACUGCCCGGGAUACUGCGAUGGUUCCCUGUGACUGCUGUCAACACAUUCCACAUGUCGCCGCUGCAGAAUGCCAUAGAAGCCAUGGAGAACGCCAACAAAACACUUCGAGACCUCAUAAUAGCGCACAGCAGUGAUCCUAGCCUACCUCUUAACAACCUCACUCUGAAGCUGCAAGGCAUAAUUGAUGCCAACGUGAUGGGAGGCAUCUCAAACUAUGAGAAGGCUUUCUUCACUCCAGAAUAUUUGGAAAAUCAUGCACAAGAUUGUGAUAUGGUUGCUCAGUUGAAGGAUCUAAUUGCUUCUCAGAUUCCGCUUCUCGAGAUUGCAGUCAAAGUGCAUGGAGAAAGGGUGCCGCCAAAUCAGGUUCCACUCCACAACCAUCUCAAGGAGAGGUUCGCUGAUAUGAGCUCACAUGUCAUUAAUAGAUGA